UGUGGCUCGUCACUGUCUGGUGACGGUGCCAUCAAGAUGUUCAAUGACAUGAAAGUUCGUAAGUCUUCAACACCAGAAGAAGUGAGGAAACACAAGAAGGCAGUGCUCUUCUGCCUGAAUGAGGACAAGAAGACCAUCAUCCCGGGGGAGGGCAAGGAGAUCCUGGUAGGAGAUGUGGGGCAGACAGGGCACGACCCCUACACCACCUUUGUCAAGAUGCAGCCAGACAAGGACUGCCGCUAUGCUCUCUAUGAUACAGCCUACGAGACCAAGGAGAGCGAGAAGGAGGACCUGGUGUUCAUCUUCUGGGCCCCGGAGAAUGCACCCCUUAAGAGCAAAAGGAUCUGUGCCAGCUACAAGGAUGCCGUUAAGAAGACGCUGACAGGAAUCAAGCAUGAACUACAAGCUAACGGCUACGAGGAGGUCAAGGACCGCUGCACCCUGGCAGAGAAACUAGGUGGCAGUGCUGUCAUUUCCCUGGAGGGCAAGCCUUUGUGAGCCACCUCCAGCCCCCCCUGCCUGAAGCAUCUAGCAGCCCCAGACCUGCUCUUGGGUGUUGCC